AUGAAUACAACCCUAAGUAAUUUUAACUCCUCAAUCCAAAGCAGCCAGGGUAACGUUUCUUCUCUUGCUAAGGCCAUAAACGUCAGCAAAAUAUUGAAGGGUAAAGCGACGCAACCCAAUCUAUACGAGGAAGUAUCCAAUCGCCUCAACAAUUUAGAAUAUUCAAUAUCGUGCAUCUACGCUGAAAUUGCAAAUGCUAUUAAAAACGCCGACAUUACCCAAAGAUUGCAUGACGAUACUGAAAAAAUUCGAAAAUACACGUCGUAUGUGACCAAAGGCAUAGCAGAAUUAGAUACCAUACCCCAGCGCCUGUUUAACGUAUCUUAUGCGACAGGUCAACAAAUGGAUAUGAAUCAAUUGAAAUCAUUCCAAGCCAACAUAAAGGAUUCAUAUGACAAGGUGAACCUCACAUUUCCAGGCAUUUACAAAGGGCUCGAUAUCUCCACAGAAAAGAUCAAAGAGCUUGCUCAACUUGCGAACGCCUAUGGCAAGGUGAACGCGGAAGUGAAUGAAACUAAGAGUUUAAUUAAUAAAAUAAAACAAAAUGUUCUUACUUUGCAUGUGGGCAUCCAGGGUAUCGCCACAGACAUCCUCAAACUUGCCAAGGCUGGAACGCCAACAAAGAGUUGGACGCAGACAUGGUAA